AUGGGUGAAUUGGUCUUAAUCAAAGAGCCUCAAAAAAGUAAAUAAGCAAUAAGAGAAUUAAUUUUCCUUCGUUAUAAACAGCAAUGAGUCUUAACUUUGGAUAUUUUUCAAAUACAAUUUUCAUAUACUUGAUUGAAUUUUAAGAGUAGGGUUCAGUAUUAGUAAGAGCUUUAGAAUUGGAUAUAUUAAUAAUUUAGGCUUUUGGUAUGGAAAUGGUUUUGCAACUGGUUUGGAAACUAUAGUGUUUCGAACAUAUGGGGAAACUUAAUUUGAAUUUUGUGCAAAACUUUAUUAUAGAUCCUUAUUGGUAUUUAAGUUAUUGAUGAUAACUAUAUCAUUUUUUUUGGCAUUUUCAAAACAAUUGAUGUCACUUAUUAAUAGGUAAAAUUUGAUUCAUUUUAGCAACAAAUAAUUAGUACAAUAAGCAGGAAGAUUUAAUAAAUAAAUGUUUACAGAAGUAUAUUUAGAUGCAAAUUUUUUGAAAACUAAAGUAUAACUAAAUGGUUAAAAUAUUUAAUAUUAUCCAUUUUAUAUUUAACUAACCUUAUGGAUUUUUUUUUUGGAAUUAGUUAUUUUUUUAUUGUUUAAUACGGAAUGGAAUUAAUUAGAUGUUCUUUAGGAUGGACAUGCUUUGAAAUCAUAAAUAAUAUACUGUUAUUAUAUUUCACUUUUGUAAUAAUAUGUUGUGAAGGUACAUUAUUUCGAUAUAAAAUUUAUAUUUUUAUUAUAAAAUCAAGUUUCUUAAAGAAGAUAAUCCUAUUGGAUUUUUUUUGUGCGGAAUGGAUAAGUUAUAAUAUAUAUUUAGUACUUGUUAGUUAUUUAGAUGAAUCAAUUAUUAGUGCCAAUUAUUUGAUGGCCAAUUUUGUAUCAUUAAUCUAUUUGUUUAGCUAUGGUAUUUCUAUUACAUCCACUACAUUUGUUGGAAUGAAAAGGGCAAAAAAAUAUACAAUGGACAAAAAAUUUGCCUAAACAUAACUUUUUUAGCAUUUACCAUUUACUUUGGGAUAUUUCUCCAUUUUUGGAAAGCAAUUGAUUGA